AUGGCACUAAACCUGUUUAAUGAUGCCAAACCACCUGACAUAUAUAAACAGGACUACCUGGACGAAAUCUGCAAAAAAUUCGGUCAAAGCAGUUCCGCACAAAAAGCACCCCAACUACCUACCUGUACACUGAUUCAGAUUAUGUUGCUAGAGAUGAUGAUGGAAAUGCCCUAUAAAGUUAGUUGGAAAGCUGAUGGUGUCAGGUACAUGAUGCUCGUCGAAAACAAAGACAAUAUAUUUAUGACGAUACCAAGAUACCUCAUUCACGAUAUUAUUCGAAUAGAUGAAAACAAUGUGGGCCGUUGGAACUUUGACAAGAGACUGAUGUGCAUAAUGAAGGAUAUCAUUGAACCAAGAAAUGAAUGCAAAGUUAAUAAAUCCGCGGAACCAUUUAGCAUCAGAGCUAAACCAUUUUAG